CAAAUUAAGAAGGAGAACAGUGAGUCUACGAUACUGGAUUUUCUCUCUUCUAGAACCAGGAAAGUUAGUUGACUCACUGUUUCUCUGACUAACUCAACGUUUAUGUCUCGACUACUUAUGCAAACCAUUGAAAAUCAACUUUUUGCUUUAUAUCAGCAUUAAUUAUCUCGUGUAGAGUAAAACGAUCAGAGAUCACAGAUCAUGGCCACCUCUAGUGACGACAACAGAAUAGAGUAUGCUGAAGAUGAGUCUUAUCAGUCAAUAAUGCAUGACAAAAGAUCAUUCUCCCGGGAGGCAGUGAGUUCUGAACUUGAAGACAUAUUAUCUAAUAUGGAGUUGUCCAGAUCUAAGCGAAUCCUAAGAGCCACCUGGGUUGAACUGAAAAUCCUCUUUCCUCUAGCAGCACCAGCAAUUGUGGUUUACAUGCUCAAUUAUCUUGUUUCCAUAUCAACUCAAAUGUUUUGUGGUCAUCUUGGCAAUCUUGAACUUGCUGCUGCCUCUCUUGGCAACAUGGGUGUCCAAGGUUUUGUCUUUGGAAUUAUGUUGGGAAUGGGAAGUGCGGUGGAGACACUAUGUGGGCAAGCCUAUGGAGCAAACAAGUAUGAAAUGCUAGGCGUAUAUAUGCAAAGAUCGACGAUUCUCCUCACUUUAACUGGGCUUAUACUUAUGUUUAUCUACAUCUUUUGCAAGCCUAUCUUACUUGGACUACACGAAUCACCUACCAUUGCAUCUGCAGCUGCGCUUUUUGUCUAUGGUCUAAUUCCUCAAAUCUUUGCUUAUUCUUGCAAUUUCCCCAUACAAAAGUUCUUGCAAGCGCAAAGUGUAAUUUUCCCUAGUACAUGCAUAUCAGCUGCUGCUCUUGUGCUGCAUCUAAUACUAUGUUGGGUUGUAAUUUUCAAGCUUGGAGGAGGGUUGUUGGGUGCAUCAUUGGUAACUAGUUUUUCAUGGUGGGUUAUAGUGGUGGCCCAGUUUGUUUACAUUCUAGUAAGCACGAAGUUCAAGCACACAUGGAGGGGAUUUAGCAUACAGGCCUUCACUGGGUUAUGGGAUUUCUUCAAGUUGUCCCUUGCAUCAGGUGUUAUGCUAUGCCUUGAGCUUUGGUACUACCAAAUACUAACUUUGAUCGCUGGAUUGCUCAAAAAUGCUGAAAUUUCCUUGGACGCUCUGUCCAUCUGCACGACGAUAAAUGGUUGGUGUAUCAUGAUCUCAGUCGGUUUUCAGGCAGCUGCAAGUGUGAGAGUAAGCAAUGAGUUGGGUGCUGGACAUCCCAAAGCAACAUCAUUUUCUGUUGUAAUAGUAAAUUUAUGCUCGCUGCUCAUCUCUGUGAUCUUGGCUGUUGCUGUGCUCUUACUGCGGCAUGUCAUAAGCUAUGCCUUCACUAGCGGUACAGUAGUUGCCGAUGCUGUUGCAGAGCUAUCUCCUUUCCUCGCAGCCUCCAUCGUGCUUAAUGGAGUCCAACCUGUUUUAUCUGGAGUGGCUGUUGGAUGCGGAUGGCAAGCAUUCGUUGCUUAUGUCAAUGUUGCAUGUUACUACAUCAUUGGCAUCCCGUUGGGUUGCGUUCUUGGCUUUGUAUGCGACAUGGGUACGAAGGGAAUAUGGACUGGGAUGUUAGGAGGCACAAUUGUUCAGACUAUAGUCUUAUUAUGGGCUACAAUUCGGACAAACUGGGGAAAAGAGGUGGGGAAAGCUCAGAGUCGAUUGGAUAAGUGGGAUGAUAACAAGGAACCGCUUUUGAGGGAGUAAAAAUGAUAUCGGAGCAACUUCAGCAGAAAUUUUGUCUCGGAUUUGGUAGCCAUUUUCAAUAGACAGCUAGCCUUAUGAAGCAAGGGUUGACCUUCUAUUUUUGUUUUUUUUUUCUUUGAAUAACUAUUGGACUAAAUGUAAUAAUAAUGUUCAAAAGAAUUGCGUUUGGAAGUAGUAGACUUCGUCAAGCCAUUUUAGCCCAGCGCAUGAUUGAAUGAUAUUUGGGUUAAAUAAUGGAGGAUAAGAUAUUCGUUGUUCAA